GAAGAAAAGAAUUAUCAAUUUAUUAAUGAAGCAUGACUUGUGUUGAACAAGACAAGUUGGGUCAAGCAUUUGAAGAUGCUUUUGAGGUACUGAGGCAACAUUCAGCUGGAGAUCUGCAGUACUCCCCAGAUUACAAAAAUUACUUGGCUUUUAUCAACCAUUGUCCUCAUGUCAGAGGAAAUUCCCACUGCUACGGGGUGUUGCCUACAGAGGAACCUGUCUGUAACUGGAGAACCGUAAUAAACAGUACUGCAGACUUCCAUUUUGAAGGAAAUAUUCAUCAAUCGCUGCAGAACAUAACUGAAAACCAGCUGGGACAACCUGCUGUUCUCCAGCACAGAGCGGGAAAAGGCAGGAAGAAGCUCCGCCUGUUUGAAUACCUCCACGAAUCCCUGUGCAAUCCCGAGAUGGCAUCUUGUAUUCAGUGGGUAGAUAAACCCAAAGGCAUCUUCCAGUUUGUAUCCAAAAACAAAGAAAAACUUGCUGAGCUUUGGGGGAGAAGAAAGGGCAACAGGAAGACCAUGACUUAUCAGAAAAUGGCCAGGGCACUGAGGAAUUACGGAAGAACUGGGGAAAUCACCAAAAUACGGAGAAAGCUAACUUACCAGUUCAGUGAGGCCAUUCUCCAGAGAUUUUCUCCAUCUUAUUUCUUGGGCAAAGAGAUCUUCCGCUCACAGUAUGUUCCACCUGAUCAAGAAUAUUUCAGUUUAAAUAACUGGAACGCAAAUUAUAACUAUACAUGUACCAAUUACCAUGAGCUGAAUGAGCUAAGUCACCCUGAUUGCUAGACAUGCUCACAUUUCUUAGUCUCUGGGUAUUAGAAAUCCC